AUGUACGCGAAGGACAAUGGCUGCGGGCUUGCCGCACCCCAGUGUGGCGUCAAUCUGCGGGUGAUGGUGUACAACUACCAGCGCAUCGAGGGCGAAGGUCGAAAACCUGAAGGUGAGGUGGUCUUCGUGAACCCUCGUAUCACGGCGCAUUCCGAGGAGAAGUGCGAGAUGCUGGAGGGCUGCCUCUCCUUCCCGAAUUUCGGGGCCCCAGUGGUGCGGCCCGCGUGGGUGGAGGUGCAGGCGGUAGACUUGGAUGGAACCCC